AUGCAGCUUUCUUACACUCAUGACCCAAAUGGGAAACAGAGAGCUGUUGAACUUCUAAAAUUAAAUUUAAGCUUACAUUUGCAUGGUUAUCAAGUUCUGUACUGCUGGGUUCCUGGUCAUGUUGGGAUCAAAGGAAAUGAGCUCGCCGAUAUCACAGCUAAGUCUGCUGUUGAUCUGUGCAGCCAGCAUGUUCCUCUGAUGGGUAUUAAAAGAGGUAACUUCACUUGCAUACAAGUUGUUUUCACUCUUAAGCGUCGACUUGGGUACUACAUGUUUCACACCUAUAUCCCAACUUGUCUUAUCGUUAUUAUGUCAUGGAUAUCAUUCUGGAUUAAACCGGAAGCUGUGCCAGCGCGUGUGACUCUUUGCGUCACAUCCCUUUUGACGUUAUCUACCCAGCACGCGCAGUCACAAAAGUCUCUUCCACCGGUUUCCUACAUCAAAGCUAUCGACAUCUUCAUGUCCUCUUGCACGGUGUUCGUAUUUGCUUCUCUGAUGGAGUAUGCACUGGUGAACAUUCUUUUAGGAGAAGGUGCUGACGGAUUUCAGGAAGAAGAAAUUAUUCGGCAACAUCAACAGCAUCAGUCACAGACUUGCUCACUAGCGAAGCAGACGCCCAAUAUGAUGCUUGUACCUAAAUUAACGGAAGUUCUUCCCAAGGUGCCGAAUUGUCCUAAACUACCACCUCCUACUUGCUCCAGGUACCGCCAAAACAAGCACAGAGAUAAAGCGAUGAUGGUUGAUAAAGUCUCAAGGGUAGUUUUCCCACUUUCGUUCGUGAUACUAAAUACUGCAUAUUGGUCAGUGUAUCUGGACAUGGUUUGAGAAAAUUUCCCUUUUCUCUUUCCACUUCGUUUUUCCUCAUUGUAAGAUCAAUCAAAGAAAAGAAAUUUUGACGGAAA